AAACGUACACAAUGCAGGAAAUCAUCUGUAACGUAGAUGACGUUAUCUUCGACAUUGAGAUAUCGCUCGAGCUUCAACUCGGUGCACAGCCAUUGCCCUUUGAAGGAAUGGACAAGUCAGGUGCUGCUAUUUGUGAAUUUUUCUUACGGAAUGUUUGCCCUCGUGGAAGUUGCUGUCCAUUCCGUCACACAACUGGUGAUAAAUCUGUCGUAUGCAAACACUGGCUAAGGGGCUUGUGCAAGAAAGGAGACUUGUGCGAAUUUUUACACGAGUACGAUAUGACAAAGAUGCCCGAAUGCUACUUCUAUGCCAAAUAUGGUGUUUGUAACAAUAAAGAUUGUCCAUACCAACAUAUCGAUCCUGAGUCAAAGAUGAAAGACUGCCCAUGGUACGACCGAGGUUUCUGUAAACACGGUCCGCACUGUCGAAAUCGUCACACUAGAAGAGUUUUGUGUCAGAACUACCUUUGCGGGUUCUGUGUAGAAGGAUCCCAUUGCAAAUUUGUACAUCCACGUUUUGAGUUACCUACAUACCUGAGUCAAGGUACUUCCAACCAAGGAACAAAAUUAGAGCUGACUCAUUUUGAGCCACAGCCUUACGUGCCCGGAGUAAGACGACCACUAGAUCAGGUCACAUGUUUCAAGUGUGGAGAAAAGGGUCACUAUGCCAACCGGUGCCCCCGAGGGGCAGGAGCAAUGGCUGUCCCACAGAUGCGAAAUGCACAAACAAGCAAGAGUUGAACGUUCUAGACACAUGCAGUAGUGCACACAAGCAUCAUAACUAAUAAUUUUUCGAAACUUUAUUGAAUAAAUGAUCAGUCGCGGGUAUAACGAC